UUCUUUAUCUUAUCAAAUAUCGGCUACGAAGUGGCAACUGCACUUUUCAGUUUGUGGAAGAAGAAAUUAGUAGUUAGUAGUUACUUAUCCUGAAGUUGUACUGAUUACAGUCCAGUACGAUCAUUGUUCUUAAGGUCUAUUCAGAAUGGAUGACAUCUUUGAAGAGUUUAGGGAGCAGGAUGAUUUGAGAGAUAUAGAGGAAAUACAAGAUAUUGAAGCCGAAGAAGCUAUAGAAGUGCCAGCCAAUGAUGAUGCCGAUGGGGCAAAUGUUGAGGAAGAAGAGUCAAAAAGAGUCCAGCCUAAAGUGAGAAAAGUAAGCAGGCCAAGGCAGAAAUUGGAUGCGCCAAGGUUGACUGGCCCUCGAGGAUUAGGAGCGAUCAUGUCGGCAUUUGAAAACAUCAAGUUCAAGGGUAAAGGUUACGAGCUUGACGAUUUGACCAACGUUCUUACCAGGCUGCAACAUUGGGCCCAUAGGCUGUACCCUAAUUUCAGUUUUGAAGACUGCAUCGACAAGAUAGAAGAGCUGGGCUCUAAAAAGCCGGUGUUUAGAGCAAUGGAAUCGUUAAGAUUGGGAGCUGCCGAUGGGUCGGUGGUGCAUCACGAAGAUGAAGAAGAGCCCGCUUCUGAAUCCAUUGUCGAAGAUCCUUUUGAUAAACUGCUCCCGACAAAAAUUCCUCCACAGCCAACAACACUAACAGAAGAACAAAAGGCAAGGAUGCUUAAAAACAGGCUGUUAGCAGAAGAGAGAAGAAUGGCUAGGAUAAAGGCAGCAAAUGAAAAACCGUUAACAGAGACAUAAAAAAAAUUCUUCUCCCUUUUUUU